AUGGCUCUUCAAAAUCGACCACUAUUAUAUACUGCAACUGGUUUAUUAGUUAUCACCGCUGUCUUAUACAUCACGGCAAAUGCUUUACCAAUAUGGGUAACGGUAUCUGAUGAAUCAUAUUCAUACACAGUUGGACUAUGGAAAGCAUGCGAAUCGGAAGGAAGUACGAAACUUUGUAUAAAUAUACUAUUAAAAUCGGAUUAUAAAACAAUAUCAACGCGUGCAUUUAUAACCCUUUGUUGUAUUUAUUCAUCAUUAUCUGUUGCAUCGAUUAUAACGAUUUUAUGUAUUAAUGAAAAUUUAGUGGACAUUUCUUCAUUAGCAAAAGGUCUUGCCAUCGCAGCUCUUAUUUGUGGAAUCAUUGGUGUUUCUAUUGGAAUCAGUGUGGUUUUGGAAGGCAUUGAUUUUGGUGGAAAGAUGGGUGUUUCAUGUGUUUUGGCUAUUAUUGCGCUAGUUUUUAAUUUCGCUGGUGCUAUUGCAACAUUCUUUAUUAAAUAA